AUGUCACUAUUACAUAAGGACACAACAUUUACAAAAAUUUUCGUCGGUGGUCUGCCCUAUCAUACAACAGAUGAAACCUUACGAAAAUUUUUCGAACGUUUCGGCGAGAUUGAAGAAGCCGUGAUCACCGAUCGACAAACUGGCAAAUCACGUGGUUAUGGAUUUGUAACGAUGGGCACUCAAGAAGCGGCAAAUCUAGCAACAAGAGAAGCCAACCCCGUCAUUGAUGGUCGCAAAGCGAAUGUGAAUUUAGCCUAUCUCGGAGCGAAGCCUCGUGUCAUACCAACACCUACUGGUAAGUAA